AAGUUCGUUUGACACCUCUUCCGGUGCCGUCACUGUGUAUUCAGGUUACACUGGGUGGAGCGCUUUAUACUUUACUGAGACACACAACAGGCGAGCAACACAACACGGCUUUCACCUCCGAGCAGUGAACACACCGUUGCUUUUAGACAUGUUUCGUUGUGGCAUCGCGUAUCCCCGAUGCAGGUGGAUCCUGCCUCUUCUCCUGCUUUUCGCCAUCAUUUUUGACAUCAUCGCCAUCGCGGCUCAGUCCGGAUGGGUGGAGGACGAAAACGCCAAGUCGCACUAUGCCAGUAUGUGGGAACAGUGCCGAGGCCGCAACGACAACUGGACCUGCAAGUCUCUCACGGAGUACUCAUGGGCUCAGGCUGUCGCUGCGCUUAUGAUCAUCGGCCUCAUCAUCCUCAUCAUAGCCUUCAUCAUCUCCUGUGUGGCUCUCUGCUGUACCCUUAAUAUACCACUCUUGCCGUUUAUUGGAGUUCUCCUCAUGUUUGCUGCGAUACUCCAGAUCAUCGCUCUGAUCGUUUACCCAGUGAAAUUCAACGAACUAAUCUUUGAAGGCAACUACGACUACACCUGGGCGUAUGGUUUUGGCUGGGGAGCCACCAUUAUUAUGAUUGGUUGCGCAAUCCUGUUCUGCUGCCUGCCCCGCUAUGAAGACCAACUCAGUGGCAUAGCAAAGACCAAAUACAUCUACACGUCGGCCUAAAAGCCCUCUCCAUCUCUACUACUUAUCGCACCAUUGCUCUAAGAACUGUUUGACUAAAUAUUUUUAAAGCUCCAAACAGGAAUUGGCACAGUCUGCUCAAGAUAGGAUCCAAGUUUACUAAAAGAGAAUAUGGGAAACAUGAACAGUAUUUUUUGCUUUAAUAAGGAUUAUUUAUAAUAAUGAGUUUUCUUACAAAGGCCUACGUUGUCUCAAAACUCCACCGUACAUGCUCUGGCAAUACUGGCCAUAUUUUUAUUUCAUUCAAGGUGACAUUUCAGUUUUUAUCACUGCUUUAUCAUGUGAUUUACUUUUUCUCUUCCAUGCAGACACAAAAACCAAUGGGUCUUUAUCAGAGCACCAGGGUAGAAACUUUAGGGGUUUACAGUUUAGGUGGAUUUGAUAAGGGCCACUUAAUUACAGUUGACUCUACUGACUGUAUCUUUAUCUUCUGCUUGAAAUUAGUAUAUUUUCAGAGGCCCACCUCUUAUAAUUGAAUAUUAAUUAAUGUAGACUUGCACAGAAUUUUUAGUCUCUAUCACUUUAAUAAAUUGUAUUUUAAAAAAA